AUGCCAGAGGACGCGGACAUGUAUACCGAGUGGCCGCGCGAUACCCCAUACCAGACAUGCAAGCGCGAGGGACUCCUCACUAUGCGAAUCGUGGAAGCUCUCGACGCAUACAGCAGCGGCACAGAACAGCCCGCCGAAGUCUCCAGCGAAGCAUGGGAGGCACUUGACGACCAGGAACGCUUUGCUCUUAACCGUCUGGCACAGUGUGGCAAUGUUGGCACGCUGGUCGCCGCCGAAGUCCUGAAAGCCCGAGGCAACUACCUGGCCGCCCUCGAGCACCUGCUGGUGAUGUGCGCCGCGCGUGCCGACCCUGGCGAAGGUGAAGGGCUUACAUGGGAGGAAUACCGUACGCAGACUGAGAUGCAGUACAAUAAACUGCGCGAUGAGUACGAGAAUACCUUUACCUAUACGCGAAACCCGUAUGGCACGUGUGGCACUGCCGGCGACCUAGACACCGCUUACCAAAUGAUCGGCGAGGACUCUUGCGAGAACAACGACACCGUCGUCGCCGCCGCUAACCAGUCAAAGCCUGGCAAAGACUUCUACGAACAAGAUGGCAGCGAGCCAGAGGAGGAGAANGAGGAAUCAGACGACGGGCCAUGCUACGACUAUGACGCAUGA